GGGCUUGCACGCUUUUGGCGGAGAGGAAAGCCCGAAGUGUGGACUCUGGAGGCGCGCAUUUGAACAUGUCCAGGAAGAGCGACGUUCGGACACUCGUUCGGACAGUGUCCGUACUGAACAGUUGUUCAAGCCAACCUUGCUUUCAGACAACCCCCACCUCACAGCCCAACCGCAUCUGCCACUUACGGUAACCGCUGUCUUGCAACUAAACAGGCCCGAUACCCUCGCUCUCGCCUGCUCUGGGAGAGUUAUCUGAGACCCAACGAACCGCCACUGCCGCAAGUGCGAGCAGGCAUCGUACACGAUGGCCAAGCGCAAGGGCUCGGACUCGGACGGAGAGCAAACUCCUGCACGGAGGAGGAGGGUCACGUCCUCUUCUUCAAGUCAAGGCUCAACCAAAAAAGAGCAGAAAACCAUGGAUUCCUUCUUCAAGAAGGAUGAGGUCAAGAAGGAUGAGGCCAACGGUAGCGCUUCGGCAUCCCACGCCGAGGCGUACUCGAGACCCAAGAUCACCACCACAAACAUGGGAAAGCUUAACGGGGACUUCAUCCGCAAUAAGAUGAUUGCGGAAGGCGCAGCCGGCGGGCUGCACCCGAUCAAGGAAAUACCCGAUAUGUUUUACGAUCUUGUCAACAACUGUCCGGCGAUCGCGGAGACGGCGGAGGCGUUGAAUGGCAGGCCCUUGCGUGUGGCAACCAUGUGUAGUGGGACCGAAAGCCCGCUUCUAGCACUCGACAUGGUCGCCAGAGCCGUCAAGAAGCGAUACGGCGUCGACUUGCGCUUUGAGCACGUAUUCAGUUGUGAGAUUGAGCCAUUUAAGCAGGCUUACAUUGAGCGGAAUUUCGCACCCCCGUUAUUGUUCCGUGACGUCUGCGAGUUGGGCGACGAUGAAGCCACCACCGCUUACGGAGCGCUUCGAGAGGUACCCGGGAACGUGGAUUUACUUGUGGCCGGUACCUCUUGCGUCGAUUUCUCGAACCUGAACAACAAGAAGAAGAAUAUCGACGAGAUGGGAGAGUCCGGGCGAACUUUCAAGGGCAUGCUGCGUUGGGUGGACAAGCAUCGCCCUGCAAUGGUCAUUCUGGAGAACGUUGUUGGAGCCGAUUGGGAGUACGCCGUCAAGCCUGCUAUUGAAGCGCUCAAUUAUAGGGCGCAGUUCGAUAAGGCAAUGGAUACGAAGCAUUUUUACAUCCCGCACACCCGCCAGCGUGGAUAUCUCUUCGCGAUUUCAAAGGAUUAUACCCAGGAUCUGAAUGCGGCCAAGAAGUGGCAUAACGUCGUCAAGUCACUCACUCGCCCGUUCUCCAUGCCGCUGGAGGCCUUCCUCCUCGAGACGGACGACCCGCGCGUGCACGCCGCCCGAGAGCAGUUUAUCCGCGCCGCCGAGGACAGGACCGCCAAGCGCGGCCGCCUCGAUUGGGAGCGUUGCCAAGGUCGUCACCAAAAAGCCCGCUACGAUGAAAGGCUGGGCAAGAAACGCCCCAUGACCGCGUGGGAAGACGGAAGCAUAUGCACACCGUUCCAGUUUGCUUGGCCGGAAUGGGGCCGCGUUCAGCCCGAGCGGGUGCUGGAUUUGAUGGAUAUCAUGUACCUACGCCAGGGUCUUGAAACGAACGUGGAUGCCUGCUACAAGACAAUCGUUUGGAAUCUGAGUCAGAAUGUGGAUCGCAAUCCCCUGAGCAAGAACUACUCGAUUACUCCUUGCUUGACGCCUUCUAUGAUUGCGUACAUUACCACUCGCGGUGGUCCCCUGAUUGGACGAGAAGCGUUGUCUCUCCAGGGAAUCAUCGUUGACGAGCUCCUGCUCACCAGGGAGACAGAAGAUCAGCUUGCCGAUUUGGCCGGUAAUGCCAUGUCCACUACGGUCGUCGGUACCUGCAUUCUCUCCGCGUUGGUCGCUGGCAGGGAAGCAAUCAAGAAGCGUCAGCAAAGCGUUGCUGGAACAUCAAUCAUUAUGGAAGUCGAUGCUGACGACGAGAAGCACCGCAAGGCGACCGAGAUGGUCGGCGAAUCCCAACUCGUCUCGGAACACUACGAUCUCGUUACGUGUAAGACGCUACCGCUCCUUACGCUUCUCAAGCAAGCUCGCAACAGCGCCCGUCUAUGUGAUUGCGAAGGCCGAGAGAUGAUCAAGACCACGGAUAUCCAGUUCUGCAAGGACUGCGGCAAUACCGCUUGCUUGAAAUGUGGUAAACGACCAGAGCAUAACUACGAUCUGAAGACACUGGAGAGACAGAUGCCUGCUCAGUUCGAGGACGGCCUCAAGGGUGUCUUGCCCAUGCGCGUCUCGAUCGAUGGCUUCACUGAGGCGGCGCUCGAGAGCCUGAAGGGUGACUUGACGGUUGAUGCGGAAACCUGGUCGCUCUGGAGACAGACCUCUACGGAUUCGGUGCACGGUGCGGAAUUCCGAUUCAGGAUUCUCAAGAGGCAGCAGGUGUGGAUCGCGAUCUACGAAACCCCCAGGGCCACACUCGAACUGUUGAUCGACCCCAUUCAGCCGGAGUGGAGGUUGACUGUCAACGCACCUGAGACAGACGCCAAGAACAGCCCUCUCAGACGGUUGUUUGAACAACCUGUUGCACGCAUGCGCAUCGACCCACGUAACGCCGAAAACUUCCUCGGCGCCGAUGGAAGCGGACAAUGGGAGCUCAACCUGCCAGCACCCAAAUCCUUCACUGUCACCAUAACAGGGGAAGGCGAACUCGUUCCGUCAUGGAAGGCCCAUCUUGGCAUCCUUGCCAACGGACUUGAGCACGAAAAAUGGUGGAGUCGUGUCGCCAUUUCCGAUGUGCCUAAAGACGCCAAGGCCUGGCUCGACAGGGAUAUCACUGGCACGUACGUCCUGCUCGACAAAUGCGGCACGGCGAUGAACGCCUUGCACAGACUUGAGGAGGAAGGCGCUGCAAACGCGGAUGAGAUGGAUCAUCACCCCUUGUUCAUGUUCUUGGACCCUACGCGAUCUGGCGACCCUAAGCAAGACACCUUCGUGUUCUCCACCAACAACAGGAGGCUGGCGUACCUCGAGACCCGAUCCAUCACCGCUGCAUUGCAUUGCACCUGGCGCCCGAGUGACAUCAAAGGCCCGCAAAAGGUCAAAUGCAACGUCAAUGGCCGGUGGGUCCAAGCUGCCGCGAUGCGCUUGAAUGUACCCCCGGCCGACGAAGCUACUUUUGCGCUUGCGGCGGGAAAACUGGAAGUUGACAGCGAGGCGUGUGAUAAUACCGCGGUCAUGCUUCUCAAGUGUAGUGUGCCCUUGACGUACGCGGACUCCAUUUGGCCCGUGGGCGAGUGGACCGACAUCGAGCUGCAGCAUAAGGGCAAGACCACUUUCGGAACCCUUGCGUGGAUCACCGAGCGAUUGCCUCCACUUACCGCGCUCGAGGAGUGGAUGACUGUUGGCAAGGUAUCUGCCGAAGACAGGUGUCAGCGCUGUGCUCCGACUGCCCCUGCUUUGCGAUGGCUCCUGAACGGAAACAAGGCGACACCCGUGGAAGACCCUAUCCAAGCCGGACCCUACGAACAAGCCCUCAAGCACCGUCCGCAGCCUUUCGUCGCCCAACUCAAAUGCGAGGGUGAUGUCGGCAUGAUGCGUGUCGGCGCCAAUAUCGCCACUUUACUCCAUCGCGCCCAUGCGACACUAACCUCCGGCAACACGUUCGGCGUCAAGCGCACCGAGCCUAUCACUUUGUCAUGGCGACUCACCACCGAGUACUCGGUCCUCGACCAGCCGCGAUUCGUUUUGAGCAGCAACCGCGCCGACUCGUCUAGCCCGCAGCCCCCGCACUUUACAAGGUACCCGCUGCGACCGGAACAGCUCCGCUCCUUGAGCUGGAUGCUUGCCCAGGAGAAGAAGGAUGUUGAACCGUUCUAUGAAGAGGAGAUUGAGGAGUCGGUUUUGGAGCCUCUGAGGUGGAGGGUCGCCGCGAAAGCUGAACGGCCUGUGCGCAUCCGGGGUGGUGUCUUGGCCGAUGAGGUCGGUUAUGGAAAGACCGCCAUCACUCUGGGUCUCAUUGACGCCUCGUGGGAAGCGGAGAUGAAAGCCGCGGGAGUUUCUCAACGUCAGUCCGUCAAGCUACCCGAAGUCUCGGGCGCGAUCCCGAUCCGAGCGACCCUGAUCGUCGUCCCGCCCCAUUUAUCCAAGCAAUGGCCGUCGGAGAUCCGCAAAUUCACCGACAGCUCCUUCAAAGUCAUCGCCAUCGAGAACCUCGCGAGGAUGAACAAGCUCACCAUCGCCGAGUUCCAGAGCGCCGAUAUCAUCGUCGUUGCAUCCCGUAUGCUCAACUCGCAGCAGUACUGGGAGCGGCUUGCGGCGUUGGCUGGGGACGGCCCCUUACCCGUUCAAGCGGGCCGUCGGUUCAAUGUGAGGUACGAGAGCGCGCUCGAGGGUCUCAAAGCGCAGACGGAUCGGUUGAAGAAAGGCGACGUCGACGGCGUGCGGGCUGUGGUUGACGCCAACCGGAACCGCGACGAUGACACGGUUCUGGAAGUCUCGAGCAGGAAAUCGGGCAAGGAGUUGAUGGCGCUGUUGCCGCCGUCUGUGGAAGCCGCGCUGAUCCGGGGAAGGAAGAAUAGGCUUGCUAUGAUGGCUAAUAAGGGGAAGGGCAAGUCGGCCUCCAAAAAGAGGCAGGCGACACUUGAUUUUGAUGAGAUUGAGGAGGAUGAGGUGGAAGAUGUAGUUGAAGAGGAGGUUGAGGAGGAUGUGGAUGAGGAUGAGCAGGAGGAUGAGGAGAACCAGGAAGUUCUUCCUGCGCGUGUGCGCACCCCGCGCGCCGCCGCGGGGAGCAAGAAGCGCGCGAUGGUCGUUGACGAUGAAGAGGAUGAAAUGGAGCCGGAGAAUGAGGAUGAUGAUGAUGAUGAGUUUGUACCACCGACCGCUGUUAUCGAAGUCGCUGACGAGGACGCCGAGCAGGAAGACGACGACGACGACAACGAGUCAGAAGACGUGCAAGACGAGAACACGUUUGAAGUCGAGUGCUUUCUCCAAGAAGACGUACCCGCCGACGGAUCCGAGACCAGAUACCUCGUCAAGUGGAAGGGGUACCCCAAGAGCCAGGCUACGUGGGAGCCGUAUGAGGGCGUGAAGCAUUUGACGGAUGUCAUGGAGGCGUGGGAAAGGAGGGGUGAACCGAAGGCCAAGAAGCACAAGGCGGCGGAUAUUUUUACGCAGAAGAAGACUGCGGCUAAGGCGAAGGUUGUGACCAAGGAGAACGCGGAGCCCAAGGUGAAAGAUACGCCGAAAGCGAAGGCUGCGACAAAUGCGAAGGUAACGCCGAAAACCAAGCCUGAGGCCAAGAAGGUUGCGGUCGAGGAGGACGAAGUAGAUGAGUUCGAACCCAAGGCCAAACGCGCCCCAGCAAAACCCAAAACCAUUAAGCCGAGCGAGGUCGACCCCUGGCACCUUCGCGACAAUGCCGUCAAGCGCGACUGGAGGAAGAUGGCCUGUCCGGCCUUGGAGAUGUUCCACUUCGACCGUGUCGUGAUUGACGAGUACACCUACCUCGAAAACAAGAUCUACGCUUCGGUCACCCACCUCAGGUCGUCUAAGCGGUGGAUCCUCUCCGGUACACCGCCGCUGGGCGAUUUCAACGAUAUCAAGAGCAUCGCCAACUUCCUUGGCGUGCAUCUCGGCGCGGACGACACUCUCACGUCCAAGAGGGGCCAGAACGCCAACCAAUCCACCGCGGCUGAGCGGUUCCUCUCGUUCCGUGAAGUCCACACCCCUGCGUGGCAUUCGCGCCGACACCAGCUUGGUCAACUGUUUUUGGACAAGUUUGUGCGUCAGAACCUAGCGGAGAUCGACGAGAUUCCCGCGGAGGAGCACUUGAUCAAUAUCCAGCUUCCUGCUGCCGAACGCGCUAUCUAUCUUGAGCUCGAGCAUCACUUGCAAGCCAUGGAGAUGGACAACAAGAAGACGCUCAAGACGAACGGUGACAGGGAGAGACGGUUGCGUGAGGCCAUGGGGUCUUCCAAGACGGCUGAGGAGGCGCUUUUGAAGCGGUGCUCGCAUUUUGAUUUGAGAGUUGAGGGGAAUGAAGAGGAGGGCCCCGUUGUCGCGAAAGAGAGCGAUAGCGCCGACGAAGCAAAUGGGGAGGACGACGACGACGAUUACGCCGUGGAGGCGGAUGCGGACGACGAACCCGUGGUCGCCAAGAAAGGCCCGAAGAGCGCCAAAGGCAAGAAGGCAUCCAUGACGCUGGUCAAGGCGGCCGGGAACGCGCGCGAGGCCUGCGAGAUCAUUGUCAAGGAGCGCGAGAAGCAAUUGGCAGAUUGCACGGCCAGCCUUCAGAGGCUCGUGGUCAACGCCAACGAGAUGCACAAUACUCUCAGAGUCCGCGGCGGAUUCUGGGAUGGGCGUACGGCGGAUUUCCAGCCAAGGAAAGACCCGCUGCAUGAGUGGCAGCAACAUUGGCUCAACGGAACCGAUGUCGGCGAUGUCGAUGCGGUCGACAUGUUGCACGACAUCUUGAAGCUGACUGGCACCGUGAUUGAAGGGCCCCAGGAGGCGGACCUGGUCCGCAAGAGAGCGGGCAAGAAUGGCAAUCCGAAGGGCAAGGGAAAGCCGAAAAAGAAGACGGAGGUCGUGAACGGGGAAGUGGUCGAACUGAAGGAAAAGUCCGAGGAAGAGACACUUUUUGACCUAUAUUGGGAUUUACGUGAGGUGGUGCAUAAGCUGCGUCGACUCGUCAAGGAGCUCGUGGGACGGGUCCGCUCGUUAAGAUACUUCAAGCUCGUGAGGGACCUUCAGAAGACGAGGAAAAACGGGAAGGAUGGGGAUGCUACACCACGAUACUGCCAUGGGGAAAAUUGCCUGGGAGCCAAUGGCGUUAAGCCGAUGGAGACGGAGGGGAAAAUCCCACUAGACAAGUUGGCCGUGCUUUCGUGCUGUGGACACGUAGGCUGCGAACCCUGUCUCCGCCACCACGCGGGCAAGCAGGAGUGCCCCGUGGCAGGCUGCGAAGUACCUGUCCGUCUCAGCAAUGUCGUUCUGGCCAAGACCAUUGGGCACGAGAAGGAGGAUGAGGAGCUCACGCCUUUCGGAAAGAAGCUUUCGGAGCUAGUCAAGCUCAUCAACGGGUUCCCGGAGGACGACCGUGUACUGGUGUUCAUCCAAUUUGACGACCUGAUGGGCCGUGUCGGUGAGGCCCUCGACGCUGCGGGCAUCGGAAACCUCAAACUGCAAGGCACCACUGCCCAGACGAGUUCGGCAUUGGAAGCCUUCCAACAAGACGACUCCACCGACCCCUUCCCACCCCCCACCGGCAAAAAGCGCACCUCAUCCGCCAUGGAAGCCAAGAACAACAAACACACCGAAAAGCCCCGCGUCCUCCUCCUCAACGUCAUGAACGAGUCCGCGUCCGGCGCCAACCUGACCAUCGCCAACCACGCCAUCUUCCUCUCCCCGCUCUUGACCGAGUCGCAGCAGGAAUACACUGCGUGCGAGACGCAGGCGAUUGGACGUGUGCGGCGGUAUGGGCAGGAGAAGUGUGUCCACAUCUGGCGGUUCUUGACGGAGAAUACUAUGGAUACCCAGAUCUUUGAGGAAAGGGAGCGGACUGUCUUGCGUUGAUGACGCGCUUUUAGUUCCUCCGAGAGUACUGGGCCGCGGGCGGCGCCGCUGGGUACAUUUAAUGUUGGUCGAUGUCGAGCGGAUGAGAUGAGAUCAAGCGUUAGCAGAAUGGAGUGGGAUUCGGUAUGUCUUGUAGCAGUAUAGCGAAU